UGACUGCUAUCUAUAAUGGGAGUUUUGCCAUAUUUCUUGUAUGCCUUUCCAACUUUGUCCAUUGCAAUGCAGUUCUUCAUGACAGAACCUUUAGCUUGCGAACCUUCCGACCUCCCAAAAUAUCCUCCCAGUAAGGAGAUGGAUGCUAGAAGACGAGAUGAUGAAGCUCGGAGACUAAAAGCAGCUAGUAAAGCCCAGGGAGAUGGAACGAAAAAAACACGCACACGUUUUCGGGCUAUUCCAGCUCCUGAAGCCAAUGCCGAAAUACAAACUAAUAUCGACAGAAGGCGCAUAAUUACACAUGCAAAUGCAAAGAGCAAAAGUGAAAAGUUCCCCCCACCACACCAGGAUGGAGAGCUUGGCUAUACGCUAGGACAUUCACGUCAUAUCGACCCAUCCCGUGUUCCUUCCGACGUACCAUUCAGCUCGACGACGCUUUUCACUUUUUCUAAGGAGCCACUCCAAGCCUGGUCUGGUCCACUAGUCCCUGGCUCUGGCACUGAUGCUCCUACUAGAUACAAGAAGCAUGUAGGAGGUAAAGGCAAGAGAAUCAUGGUCUGAACUUUUGACAAGAUUGUGGUUUUACUGCCUGUUUGCUGAUAGCACUAUCAUCAAAUGAUUCCCAUUGUUCAUCCAAAUUGGUAAUCAACCAGCCUGGUCUACUCUCAGCUUAGAAGAUCAUGAAGUAAGAUCUGAGAGGUCGAGCGGCAUCGAUUUUUUGGUAUUCAUGGUAUUCGUAGCUGCAUCAACCAAAUUUCUCCGCUCGAAAAGUGAUGAGAAAUUUAACAAAGUUAUGUAUAUGUUGAUUUGUUGUAUUCCCAAUUUUCCUUGUUGAAGUUAUAGUGAGACAUUCUACAGAUAGUGACCAAUAGAGUAAAAAAAAUAUCAUUCUUGGCCUUUGAAUA